GGGCUUUCCCUUCACUUGCUAUCACAUUCCAUUAUUUCACUUCACACCAAAAUCAAAAAACACUUACAUUCUUUUAACUGUAAAAUUUCCCAUUUCUUUCAAAUCUUUGGGUUUCUAUAAAUGGUGAAGAAAGUUGAGAAGACGACGGCGGUGGAAUCAUCUCCGGCGCCGCCGCUAUGUAAAAAGAAGUACAAGGGUGUCAGAAUGAGGAGCUGGGGUUCAUGGGUAUCGGAAAUUCGAGCGCCAAAUCAAAAGACGAGAAUUUGGUUAGGGUCUUAUUCAACUCCGGAGGCAGCGGCGCGUGCAUACGACGCGGCACUUUUAUGUCUCAAAGGCGCCUCCGCUAGCCUCAACUUCCCAGAAAUUGCUAACUCCAUUCCAUUUUCCGACAACAACCGUCACUUCCGCCGUCACCUCCACCACAUUGAUACCUCCGACGACGCCAUUAUGUCUCCCAAAUCAAUCCAACGUGUCGCCGCCGCCGCCGCCAACGGCUUCCCGGAAAAUUUCGGCGCUGUCGUCACUCCUCCGUCUUCCGCCGUCUCGUCACCGUCGAUGUCCUCCACGCCGUCCGAUCAGCCUGAUGAUGACGUGUCGGUCAUCGUGACAUCCGAGAGUUUUUACGAUCAAUUCGAUCACCCGACGAUUGAAAUGGAAUCUUGGUGUAAUUACUUUGAUGCCCUUCAGUCACCGAAGUACAUUGACCAAACUUGGUUCGAUUUCGAUUCAAUGCCUGAGGCUAAAAUCGACCAAUUUUACGAAGAAGAAACCGACAUCAGAUUGUGGAGCUUCUGCUGAAGGGAAAAAAAACCAUAAGAACUCGAAAUUAUCGUUAGUUAACUCUACAUUAUAUUAUAUUUAUUUUUCUUUUAAAUUUAAAAUCUUCGUAAAUUGCUUGAAGAUAUUACUGACCGUGACAAAAAUAUAUAUAUAUUUCUUUCUUUUUAGUGUGAUUAAUUCAUAGGUGAAUUUAACCAGCGAAUUCACAUGAGAUUGGACUUUUUUUCCCCAAAUUAAUCUCUGUGGAAGUUGGUUUUAUGAUGUAAAACGUUUAUGUAUUUUUGUAAUGAGUAAUCGUUGUUAUUAAUUGUUGAUUAUAUUAUAAUUAUUA